AUGAAGAGAUUGUGGGCUAGGUAUCGACAAUCUCGAGAUGAAGAUCUUGAAGAGCUGUGUACGACUAAUGCUCUUGUGGUAGCAUCAAUCACUGAAGCUAAAGCUUCCUCCGGAUCACGAUGUCGGGGUUCUCAACCAGGGCGUGCACCGAAUGAAGAGCGAUUUAGGGAAUCAAGAGGGAAAAACAUGAUGGAAGAUUACUUUGUGGAGCGUCCAGUUUUCAGUGAAGAGUUAUUCCAGACACGGUACAGGAUGAGUCACAAUGUGUUCAACCACAUCUCCAGUGACCUUUGUUGCUAUGACCCGUACUUUUUCCAGAAAUCAGAUGCUGCAGGCAAAGUCAGACUACUUCCCCAGCAAAAGCUGACAUGUUCCUUAAGAAUGCUUGCUUAUGGUGCCGGGGCAGAUCAAUGUUGGGCUGGAGAAUACAGCGGUCGAAAACGUGUGCCCACUAUCAUCCUCGAAGCAGUUGCUUCUUAUGACACAUGGAUAUGGCAUGCCUUCUUUGGAAUGCCUGGAUCAUACAACGACCUCAACGUCCUUGCUAAGUCCCCGUUGUUUGACGAGCUCACUGCUGGUCGAGCCCCUCGGAUCCAAUUUCAAGCGAAUAACAGGAUUCACAAUUUAGGGUACUAUCUCGCUGAUGGUAUCUAUCCGCAAUGGGCGACUUUCGUGAAAUCAAUUCCAAGGCCUACACGACCCAAGGAUCUGAAGUUUUUCCAGGCUCAAGAGGGGUACAGGAAGGAUGUCGAAAGAUGUUUCCACCAAAAUUGGGUUGCGGAUAGUAUCCACCCAUAG